AUGCCUGGCUGUUUUAAACUAACAUAUCCUAAAACUAGAGUGAUAAUUGACUGCACUGAAAUUUUCAUUGAAAUGCCAUCAUCAUGCAGAAGUCAGUCCAUUACAUUUUCGAGCUACAAAAACCACAACACUGCAAAGGGCCUAAUUGGGAUAUCACCAAAUGGAUACCCAAGUUUCAUCUCUAGCUUGUAUGCAGGCCGAACUAGUGAUAAGAAAAUUACUCAUGACUGUGGUAUUUUGAAGCUUCUUGAACCCGGUGAUGAAUUAAUGGCAGACAGAGGAUUCGACAUUGAGGCUGACAUGCCAAAUGGUGUGUCUUUAAACAUUCCACCUUUUUUAAAUGGACAGCCUCAGCUAUCAGUUGAGGAUGAAGCAAAAACACGAAAAAUUGCAUCAGUUCGUGUACAUGUUGAACGUGCAAUCGCAAGGAUAAAAAGUUAUAGAAUUUUGCAUCAAGUAGUUCCCCUGACAUUGGCUGAGAACUUAGAGCACAUUUGGAGUGUAUGCUCCUAUUUAACUCUAUUUUUACCACCUCUCAUUAAGGAAAAACAAGAUUAG